AUGUCUUUGCAGGCGACUCCAGAACCCUCGCCACCCCUACUCGAGGGUGGCAAGGGCUUCCUACCACGAGACGACUCUCUUGACGAUCCUGAAGCCGAUGCAGGUCGUCUUGAGGCCAUUUCACAGUCCAACCUCGACCACGAAUAUUCAAUCCCAUCAGCAGUCAAGUUUACAUGGCUAGGCACAUACUUUUUGCUGUCAUUGCUACUCACCAUCUAUAACAAGCUUGUCUUGGGCGUGUUCAAAUUCCCCUGGCUCUUGACCUUCCUUCAUACCUCGAUUUCCGCCCUUGGUACAUAUGGCAUGCUACACAUGGGAUAUUUCAAACUCUCGCGUUUGGGACGUCGUGAGAACCUCGCUCUCUUCGCCUUUAGCGCCCUGUUCACUGUCAACAUUGCAUUAUCCAACCUGUCACUUGCCAUGGUCUCGGUCCCCUUUUACCAAACCAUGCGCAUGCUUUGCCCCAUCUUUACUAUUCUCAUAUUCCGUGCUUGGUACGGCCGUACCUACAGCACACUCACGUACAUGUCUCUGGCCCCCUUAAUCAUUGGCGCAGCCAUGACUACCGCAGGCGAAAUGAAGUUUUCAGAUGCCGGCUUCCUGCUGACAAUCCUAGGCGUCAUUUUUGCCGCCCUCAAGACUAUCGUCACGAAUCGCUUCAUGACCGGUUCCCUCGCCCUUCCGCCGGUCGAGUUCCUCAUUCGAAUGUCCCCCAUGGCAGCCGCGCAGGCUUUAAUCUGCGCUUUUGCUACAGGCGAAGUGGAUGGCUUCCGUCAGGCCCUUGCCAACUCGGAAAUGUCGACCUUGGCGACAUUCACCUCCUUGCUAGGCAACGGAUGUCUUGCUUUCUUCCUCAACAUUUCAUCCUUCAAUACGAACAAACUCGCCGGCGCACUGACAAUGACGGUGUGCGGUAACCUCAAGCAGUGCUUGACCGUUCUUCUCGGCAUAUUCAUCUUCAACGUUGAGGUUGAUCUACUCAAGGGUGCCGGUAUGGCCAUUACGAUGCUCGGUGCGGCUGUGUACAGCAAAGCGGAACUCGACAACAAGAAGAGACAACAGACUGGUUACAAGAAGAUUCCUCAAUAA